GUAUUUGUGUCUCUUCUCGCGAAGAUGCGCGUGCUCAAUGGGGUGCGACGCAGGGCCGAAUGAUUUGCCUUUCCGUCCGGAGCAGACUCCGCCUUCGCAGCGCCCAUUUCGGCGCUCGAGACUCAUCCUCUCGGCUCCCAGCAGCCACUCUCUCGCUCAGUUGGAUAUGAUGUUUCUGCCCAUGAGCCACGAGGUCAGCGCUGCCAUGACCACCAUGCUGAUGGACCGGCGUCCGCAGCAGCCGUCGCCGCCGGCCGCCACCAGCAAGGCCCUCAAAUUCGGCAUGGACCGCAUUUUGGCUGACACUGCCGUCAAAACGACAGACCCGCAAGUUGACUGCGGAGGUCAUCAGCAAACAUCUCCUGUGGAGGCGAGCAGCAGGGUUUCUGCGUUUUCGUGUCAGCAGCAGCAGCGGUGUUGCGGCAGCUGCGACCCCGGGGGCAACCCGGUGCCCUGUGCUGAGUGCGUCAGCUCCCUUCUGCACUGCUGCACCGUGUCGGGGCCGCCCCCGCUCGCUCACUCCGCCUCCAGCUACCCUUUUGCACCGCUGCCCUACCUGCCACCGCACCACAACCACCUGGGCACUCAACCUCACUACGCAACAAUUUACAACCAUGACCUGCCACUCGGAACCAAGCCCAGCCACUCAGCUGGCUCGCCCAACGAGGCUCAAAAUUCGGCGCCAGGUUCUAGUAAACGCAAAAGAUCGUGGUCGCGCGCCGUCUUCUCCAACCUGCAGCGCAAAGGGCUGGAAAAGCGCUUCCAGAUCCAGAAGUACAUCACCAAGCCGGACAGAAGGCAACUGGCCGCAACCCUCGGCCUCACGGACGCGCAGGUGAAAGUUUGGUUUCAAAACCGCCGGAUGAAGUGGCGGCACAGCAAAGAGGCGAAGUUGGGAGUUUCGACGGCCACCUCUUCUGGCGGCGUGUGCGUGUCAUCGAACGUGCUGAUAGGACACACCUCGUCCCUGCCCCUGGACACCUCGUCCCUGCCCCUGGACACCGCGUCCCGAAGCGAAAUGGAUAGGAGUGCGGCCGACUCAACGCAGGUGCUCGAGUCUCCUCUGAACUCCUCCUCCGAGGACUCUGAGGUCGACGUCGAGGUCAUGAGCUGAGGACUUUGGUUGAGAAAUGCUUGUAAAUUGUGUGAUAAUAAAGUGUGCCAUAUUGUUGUAAAAUUCGCAUAAUUUUCUCAUGUAAUAAAUGCUAUCAUUAUAAAAUAAA